AUGGAUCCGUUAUUUCACGAAGCCAGAAAUAGACACUCCGCUCCCAAACCACAACCCAGCAAAGAAGAGCGAACACCUUUCCAAGAGCAGCUUGCUAAGAACCCUUACGCUCUCGCCCUCGCAACCCCCGUCCGUCAAUGUUCCGCAACGCAGAUCUCCCUCCCCAGUUUCUUCCUCCAAGACUUCACCCUAAUGUCGCAUCCAACCACAUCUGACCCAUGGCACGUUCCUCGAAGUCUAUCCUCUCAUUCCUCCAGUCUCAAAUCCUCCUCCUCCGAAGAGUCAUCCGUCUAUAAUCCUUCCCUAGGAUCUACCACCUACGUAGCUAUGCGCCAACCACUCUUCCAAUCAUUUUUCAAAAAAGGUUCCGGAUACACAGGGAUUUACAAGAAAUUCGGCAUCGUAAAUGCGAGAAGUGUUGCGAGGAAACACGUUACGUUGCAAGCGCUUUGGAGAUCAGAUAUGGAUACUUUCUUGCUGGAAUUGAUGAGGAGGAGAACGGUGGAAUUGUUGGAGUACUUGUGUAGUAGGGAUAAUCGAUAUAUACACAAAUGUGAGACUUGGGAAAGAGUGGAAUAUAGUGAGCAGGUUGGAUGUGUGUUAUGGAUGGGGCAAAAGGUUGUUUCGGGAGAAGGACAGCAGGCAGAGGAACAGGAAUAUGAGCAAGAAACUCCACCCGGAGAAUUUGAAACCAAGAGGAUUGGACCCGGAGGAAGAAAAGUUGUGCCGGUGUUUAAUCUAAGAACGAUGAUGGGAAAGGAUUGGAUUCAGAAGAUGAGGGAGGGCAAUCGGAUUUUUGAGAACCAGAUUUUGGUUGUCAAACAUAAGAAUGCUACGAAAGAGGUACAGAUGAGGUUAUGGAAGUUGCAAGGUUAUCUUGCUUCGUAUGGGGGGAUGUCUGAUGAAGUAGUUCCCGUAAAGGUGCAGAGAUCGAAGAAGACUGACUUCAAGUCGGUCGAUAUUACCGACUCUAGACCGAAGGGUAAUUUUGUAGCGUUCGGUAAAUCUAGAAGAUAA